AUGGCGAGUAUCAAGAAGACAGCAAACAAAGUUCGUGGAAAACUGAAAUUAAUCGAAAACAGCAUUGAGCAUGACGAAAGCGGUGGCAUGUCUUCGGCUGAUUUGCGUAUCCGCAAAACACAGCACUCCACACUGUCCCGGAAAUUCGUGGAAGUGAUGACUGAUUACAAUAAAACACAGACUGAUUACCGAGAACGCUGUAAGGGCCGCAUUCAAAGGCAGCUGGACAUUGCUGGCAAACAAGUCGGCGAUGAGGGUAUCAUCACAGACACGCAGCAAGCAAGGCAAACGUUAGCCGAUAUCGAAGCGCGCCAUAAUGAUAUUAUGAAGUUAGAAUCGAGCAUACGCGAGUUGCACGACAUGUUCAUGGAUAUGGCUAUGCUUGGCGAAAUGGUGGAUCGGAUAGAGUACAACGUGGAACAUGCGAAGGAAUUUGUGGAUCGUGCUGUGGCUGAUACCAAGAAAGCGGUGCAGUAUCAGAGCAAAGCACGAAGGGUUAGUCCUGUUUUUUUGUUUAAUUUCGGCCAAGUUCUUCGCAUAUUUAUUCUUCUUAAAUUACGAUAUAUGCAUGAUGUUUGUGUAUGUGUGCGUUUUUUGCCUCGAAGUUUCUCUCAAAAAAACAUUUGAUG